AGAAGAGUCGAAGCCGCACACAGACUCAGGAAGCGCGGAGAUUCGUCUGCAGUGGAGAGAUGGAGGACUCGGAGUUUGAGGAUGUUUUGGAUGAAUGGUUUAUAGAAUCCUUGACAGCGUACAAAGAUUUGCAUGUUUAUCAGCUGGAGCAUCCCACCCAGGUCAUCGAGUGGACAUCUGGGAAAAGUGAGUGAAAAUGGAGAAUCAUCAGACUCUAUCACAGGCAGUGAUGGGACUGUUUGCGUGGCCGGAUUCAGUUCGUCUAAAAAUGAGCUCCUGGAACUUCGUUUGCCACUGAAGCUUUUUGCUGAAGAAAACAAGGGUCUCUGUGCGGAGCGGGAUUUUAAAGUUGUCCACGGUGGUUUCUCCGAAGGCCCCGUUAGCUGCCUCAGACAUGUCCCAGGAACUAGGCUGAUUGUGACCAACGAUGGGCGGGGCACUGACCUGCAAGUGUGGGACCUUGGAGGAGAGGAGAGCGAUGUGAUCAGAAGAACAGGAAGUGUCAAAGGGAUGGAGAGCGCUUCAAAGCGUGGGAGCAGGAUUGCAGCUUCUGCAUCUCCAUCCCCUCAAGUCCUUCAUGGAGCAGAGAGCAGCAGCGUCCAGCUGACUCAGCUGACUUCAGGACAAUCUCUUUAUAAAUUAGAGACAGACUCUGCAGAUCCUCUGAACUCCUUACAGUUCACGGGUGAUGCGGUUUUCCUCGCCGGAUGCUCAAACGGUAAAAUGUACUUGGCGGACACCCGGACGCCUGCCGCUCCUCUGAUGUCACCGCCGCCUCCAUCUUCCGGUCAGUCCGUCGUCUGGUGGACGGACGCCUCUGCAGACCCUCAGCAGCCGAGCUGCAGGGUUGUCAGGCUGUCUUCCUCUGGACACGCCGUGGUUUCAGACCUGAGGAAGCUGGGAGAAGCGGCAUGUCAGGCUCAGCUGGACGUCCACGGCAGACCGGACAACGUCACGGUGUCGUGGGCUCCGAGGAGAAACUGCAUCUCAGUGUCAGGUUUCAGUGGAGUUGUGGAGAUCUACGACACACGCGACUGGAGGACGGCGCUGCGGCGGGCUCCCCCACUCUUCCAGCAUCGCGGUCACGCCGUCUCAUGUCAGCAAACUGACGGCUGCGACCCCGUCCGCAUCACCGCCCACGUCUGGCACCCCGAGCGCCCGCAGACGCUGCUGUCCACCGCUUCAGACGGCUCAGUCCACGUCUGGGACUGGGUGGAACCGGAUGCUAACAGACUAGAAUCCCAAUCAGAACCCAGUAUAGAGCAGGACCAAAAAUAAACUGGAGAGCAUGAAUCACCUCAGACACACGGAUGGAAGACUUAAAUGAAAAAGUUUUUUAUUUCAACAAAGGAGAAAAAAAAAUCUGAGCGUGACUAGUUGGCAGGGACUCAUUAAAAUUCCCACAAUUCUUGAAAACUGAUGACUCAGCUGUUACCGUGCAGCAUCAGCUGCAGUGUGUAAUAAGUAAAUAAAGUCAUUAUGAGUCAGAAAAUAUCACUAUUUUA